AUGGGCGAUCAGAUGGCAGAGCUUGGAGCAGUCGAUCACGAACCGGGACAUCAAGCGGUGGGUGACCGUUCGGCCACCCGGGAGAGAAGAAGGAGGGAUCUUGAAGCACAUUUGCAGGAGCAAGACGCUCCCGCUGUCUCUGGGAGCCUCCCCCAAACCAGCAGCCCGUCGAGCCUCAUGCGGAGCCGGCGGAGGGCCUUCCGACCAAGCGAACGCUUACAAAGGUAUCAGAGAGAAAGACUUGCUCAGAGUGGAAGAGGCACCGCUUCAGAGACACGUGUCUCGCCUCCUCACUUGUCACCUUCCUGGCAAGAGCAGUCCAUAAGCGACCGUGGCGAUCGACCGAGGGCAAAGCGAAGGAAGUUAGAUGACGGCACCUACGAAGAGGAGCCUCGAACUUUCAGCUACGGCGACAAAGGUCAAGUGGUUUCGGGGGAAUUGAAGUUGGACAUCAUCAGUUGCGAUGGUGGAGAGUAUUCGGAUCCUCACACGCCGAUUAACUCCUACCCGCAGAACGUGCUCCAAGAUGACACUACCGUCUACUGCACCAAAAGCAACCGAUGUAACCUCUUGUUGAAGCAUAUUGGUGGGAUGCCCUUCACCUUGACCAAGAUAGUCGUCAAAGCACCACGAUCAGGGUACGAUGCACCUAUUCAGGAGGGACUUGUCUUUAUCGCAAUGGAAGAUGACGCACUUCUCGAGCGGACUUCUCAAUACGAUAUGCGCUGGUCCGCCCCUCAUUAUCGUCACGAACGGCGUAGGGGAGACCGAUACCGGCCCUCUCAUGACUAUAUGAAUUCCGCUAGAUCUCCUCUAAGAUCGAUCGACCGUUCGAGGUAUCUCAGCUCUCCCACGUACCCGGAGGAUGAUCCAUUGCUCGAAACCCACUUAGUCCCAGGCUUCCAGGUGACAGUUGCAGACCCUUCCGACGAGGAAGAGGCGGCGGACGGUCCGCCUUCACCACGCCCUUGGCAUGAUGAUGAAUAUUCACUGAGGUCGUAUGUCGAUCGAUAUCGACCCGUUUACCUUGGAGAUGAGGGGAAUAAUGGCCGCCCCUGGACAAACUCCAGCGACUCGGAAGGCUCGGAACGAGAUAUACCGCGGGAAACCCGGGGGCCCAGUGAAAGAGAGCGCUUUCAUCGACAGCAGCGCGAUCUCGAAAACACGCUGGCUCAUCGAAACCGCAUGCUGGAUCUCAUGCGAGCCCAGCAAAUCCGUGAGAGUGAUGAGUUCUUUGGGCGCCAUGGUCGCGACCACGAUCAAGAGUUGUCCUACCUCCGUCGUCCAGUUUUCGGUAGGACUGGUUCACGAGCAGCUACAAUUGCUAUUGGGGCCCUCGAUCCAGUUCGGUCCCCAGACGAUCAGUCCAACGCAACGACACCAUUUGAGACUCCGGCUUCCAAACCCAUUCCAAAUCGAGCAGAAUCUAGUUCAUCCGCCAAAGGUGAUGUUAUUGUGCCCCAUGCUCGCUUCUUUAUAAGCCGAAGCAAGUCGAGCACAGCGAUCAAGUUUGAUCCUCCAGUCUCUGGCCGCUAUAUUCUGGUGAAACUAUGGGCGCAGUGUCCCAACGCCAAUAUCGACAUACAGGCUAUCCUUGCACAUGGGUAUGGCGGUCCUCGAUUCUUCCCGGCUCUAGAAAUGAGAUGA